CGAGCGACUCUGGCUUCAAACCGCUCGCCUGUUCUCACCCGCGUCUGGGGAACGUGACGUCUUGCUCGUCUCCGCAGCUCCACACGCUGCAUCUGCAUGCGCUGCUCAGGAACAUGGACAGCCGUGAGGGCAUCUACUCCAAACUGGGCGGCCUGUACGCUGAGUCUCUGCGGCGGCUCGCGCUCAAGUGUGAGGAGCAUUUCUCCAGCGGCCAGAGGAACACGCUGAGAUUCGACGAGAGCAACUGGUCACUCUUCAAACUCACCUGCAACAAACCCUGCUGUCUGUCCGGAGAUGCUGUGUAUUACUCAGCCUCCUGCGCGUCAGACACUCGAAACACAUACGCCGUCAAAAUCUGUAAAGGCCAGGCUCCGGACAGUAAGCAGGUUCAUCUGUACGGUCUUUCGGUGCAGCAGAGCAUCCCGUCUCACUUCAGUCUGCAGCAGGACUGCGGUCACUUCAUCGCCUGCGUGCCGCGGAGCAUGUUACCCAGCGAGGAGAGCGGUCCGGCCGAGCAGGAGCGCGUGGUGGUCAUCACCCGGGACGUCCCGCACCAGAGCGUGGCAGAUUUUGUUCGCGAGUGGGAGUCGUUCCACCGCGCGCAGCCGGAGGUUUACGAGCGGCGCGUGUGUUUUCUGCUGCUGCAGCUGUGCGCGGGUCUGGAGCAUCUGAAAGCGCACGGCGUCACGCAUCGAGAUCUGUGCAUGGAGAACCUGCUGCUGGUGCAGCGUCCAGAUGCACAGCAGCACAGCCUCCCGCGCCUCCUCAUCAGCAGCUUCGCCAAAGCCAAGCGCCGCGACGCAGACCAGGUUAUUAUGAAUCAUGCUUAUUAAUAACAUGUCACAAUAUUAUUGUUUUUAC